AUGGCAUUCCUUUUCAUCAAGCAGAAGCUCUUCCCAACCAAGGGAUCAGACAAGAUGGAUACAGGCAAACGCCUUCUCACCCGCAUGGACGACGAUGACACCAUCCGCGGUGACCCCUCCGACCAAGACCUCGAGUCUCAAAGCGGCCGCUCCUAUGAUACCUUCGGACGGUGCAACAGCCACGACGAAUCAACAGCCACAAUGAUGAGCAGCAGCAGCAGCACACGCGCACGCAUCAACCCGCGCAUCGUCUCAGAUGCUAUUCUCGGCCUCUCGGAUGGCCUGACCGUACCAUUCGCCCUGAGCGCAGGUCUCUCCGCACUGGGAAACACAAAGGUGGUCGUAUUAGGCGGACUCGCCGAGCUGGCAGCCGGAGCCAUCUCCAUGGGACUUGGUGGAUACGUUGGCGCAAAGAGUGAAGCGGAAUCAUAUGAAGCCACCGUCCGAGAAACACAACACUUGAUCGAAACAGACCCGCAAGAGACCAAUGCCAUGGUGCACGAAACAUUCUCUCCGUACGGUCUCUCCGACUCGGCAAUCGCAGAUAUCACACAAGACUUGCAUGCAUCUAAAGACCGGCUUCUCGAGUUCCUGCUUGCUUUCCACCACCGCGAGGCUGCGCCCGAUUGUAAUCAGGCCUGGACCUCGGCGAUCACGCUCGCGCUGGGCUAUUUCAUUGGCGGGUUCAUUCCGCUGAUCCCGUACUUCAUUGUCACGCAAGUCAUGGUUGCUCUGUACUGGAGUAUCGGUGUCAUGGCGAUUACCUUGCUUGUGUUUGGGUAUGUCAAGACCUGUGUUGUGCGCGGCUGGUCUGGCCGGGCCAAUAUAAUGGCUGGUAUUUGGGGUGGAGUCCAGAUGUGUUGCGUCGGAGGUGUCGCUGCGGGUGCUGCGAUCGGACUGGUUCAGUUGAUUGAUACUGGCAGUGUUUAA